GCUUUCUUCAUUCUCUUCCGUGUCGUGUCAAGCUGCCACACAAAACAACUCAUCCAUCUUAUCCCUCCUCUCUCUUUUCCCCAUCCCACCGGCCUGACCCAUCACAUCUCCAUCUCCACCCUUCUGUUUUUUCUCUCAUCCAACCCAUUUGGCCAUUUCUACAAUAUCUCAUAUUUCUUCUCCAUCCAGGCCUCACACCUCUGCAAGUCACGAAUCUCUCAUCUCCUUCAUGAAGAUUCAAAAUUUCAGUGGCUCCGGAAGAAUAUAUUAGACGAACGGAAAAGUAUUCAUGAAUCUCCGAUCAAUUCUUUUCUUCAGAUUUCUACCCAACCGGUUGAUUCGAGUAAAAGAUUCACAAAUAUAAGGAGGAUGUGGCACUGAUCGAAGACCUGGUAGAUUCAUAUCAAGACUCUAUAGGAGGGCAGCUACAAUAGAUGAACUCUCCAGUGGCGGAUUUGGUUACAGUGAUUGAGAUGGUGGGUGGUGCCGCCGCCGGAGAUGUUGGCAUUCCGGCAUGAGAUUUGGUGCAGAAGGAUAUCUGUAGACCACAUGGCUCUGUUUGUUUUUGUUUUGUUUAAUACGUAGAUCAGGUGUAAUGUAGUACAGACACGGAAUAUUAAUUUUAAUAAACAGGAGUGACGAGACUUUCAAAUAUUGUCAAGACAUAUUCAUUUUACUCCUACGGAGGAAUACGGAAGAAUCUGGUCCUAUCUUUGUACUUUUGUUAAGUUUUACUCCUAUCUAGGUAAUUACCCCUACUCCGUAUUAUUUUACUUCAAUGGUGAGGUCGAAUGUAUUAUUAUUAUAAGUAUAUGUAUGAGAAAUGAUACUUGUACCUAGUUGCCGCUCUUAUCUAGAGUGCGCAUGUGUUUUUCUUAUGUUAUACGAAGUAUUACCAUCAGUUUAAAAUGCUGAUUUUUAUUAUUA